AAUCUGCGGAGCUGCCGGGGGAGGCGCUUCGGCUCUCCCAACGUCACCACCGUGCUGGAAUCUGAUUGGUCCUCAGCGAGCCCUGGGCGUCCGAGGAGAUCACGACGGGGGAAAAAAAGCAGAAAAAUGGAGCAGACCUUAAAAACUCCCGACAAAUGACUAUUUACCUCGGAUGCGGACGGCAGCAACGGAACAUCGUAGCUGGCUUCGUGUAGGUCGACAGUCGGUUCGGAGAAAGAGGAAGAAAUAUCGGUGAGGAUUAACGCAGAGGCGGGGUGGGAAAAAUAGGAAGGACUUAAUAGCUGCGACUAUCCGGAUUACCCACUCGCUGAAAAAGGGAAAACAAGCGACGCUUCGUGGACAUUUCUCCGUCCAGAGAGGAUGAAGUGACCGCCAGGAAACGGGAGAAAAAGUGCUUGUGGUCGAAGUUGGAAGCGGAGGAGGAAACGGACUCCUCCGGGCCUGAACGGAUAUUUAGAUGUUGUCGUGUAAACUUCGCUGUCGAUGCCGUUUUAAAGCGGCGUUGUAGGAGCAGAAUUUCACCCAGAAAACGUUGAAUUCUUCGAGCAAGCACCCCCAACAGUGAUUCAGUUCACCGGAUACCAACACGAAGAAGAUUCUUUGCUUGUGCCGAUGCCAACGGCAGACUGCAGGUUGCUCCAUCAUGGCCGGAUCAUGAGGUGUUUGACUUAUCUACUCCUACUUCCAGAAACCCUGAAAAAGUCUAAGAAGGUCGGCAAGCUCCCGGGCAGGCUGCCGGUAUGUUAUGAGAUCCUGACUCUGUCCCUGACUAGCAAGAAGAAGCAGCAGCAGGAGGAGGAGGAGAAGAUGGCUGCGGAGUUGUACCCCGCCGCUAACACCAACAACCCAAACCUGUCCAACGGCACGACGGUAGCGGACACCGAGAAGACCAAGGAGGUACAUGUGAGCCAGGCCAGCAGCGCGGCGACCACCCCGACCACCCAGCAGAACAUCAACAACAACAACGUCGACCCGCCGAGCUGGCAGUGCAGCCACCCCACACUGAGAGAGAGGAAUGCCUUGAUGUUUAACAAUGAGCUGAUGGCCGAUGUCCACUUCAUUGUUGGCCCCAUGGGGGAAUCUCAGAAGGUUCCAGCACACAAGUAUGUGCUGGCUGUGGGAAGCUCCGUCUUCUGUGCCAUGUUUUAUGGCGAUCUGGCGGAGGAGGAGUCAGAGAUCCAUAUUCCAGAUGUGGAACCUGCUGCUUUUCUAAUUCUGCUGAAGUACAUGUACAGCGAUGAGAUCGACCUGGAGGCAGAUACGGUGCUGGCCACCCUGUAUGCCGCCAAGAAGUACAUUGUUCCUGCACUGGCCAAGGCCUGCGUCAUCUUCCUGGAAACGAGCCUGGAGGCCAAGAACGCCUGUGUGCUGCUCUCACAGAGCCGCCUGUUCGAGGAGCCCGAGCUGACGCAGCGCUGCUGGGAGGUGAUCGACGCUCAGGCCGAGCUGGCGCUGUGCUCCGAGGGCUUCUGUGAGAUCGACCUGCAGACUCUGGAGAUCAUCCUGCGAAGGGAGACGCUCAACAUCAAGGAGGUGGUGGUGUUUGAUGCGGUUAUGAACUGGGCCACAGCGGAGUGCAAGAGACAGGGUCUGGGGCCCACCACCCGCAACAAAAGAAAUGUGCUUGGCAAGGCGCUGUUCUUAGUGCGCAUCCCGUCCAUGAGCCUGGAGGAGUUUGCUGACGGGGCGGCGCAAUGUGAUAUCCUGACACUGGAGGAGACUCACAAUGUGUUCCUGUGGUACACUGCGGCUAAAAAGCCUGAUCUGGAAUUCCCUCUGACUGCACGGCAGGGUUUGGUGCCUCAGAGGUGCCACCGCUUUCAGUCCUCAGCCUACCGGAGCAACCAGUGGCGCUACCGCGGCCGGUGCGACAGCAUUCAGUUCGCGGUGGACAAGAGGAUCUUUAUCGCCGGGCUGGGGCUGUACGGGUCGAGCGGCAGCAAAGCCGAGUACAGCGUCAAAAUUGAACUGAAGAGACAAGGGGUGAUCCUGGCGCAGAACCUGACAAAGUUUGUGUCGGAUGGGUCGAGCAGUACGUUUCCGGUGCGGUUCGAGCAUCCUGUUCAGGUGGAGCAGGACGCGUUCUACACGGUGAGCGCCGUGCUGGACGGGAACGAACUGAGCUAUUUUGGCCAGGAGGGCAUGACGGAGGUGCAGUGUGGGAAGGUGACAUUUCAAUUCCAGUGCUCCUCCGACAGCACCAACGGGACCGGAGUACAGGGAGGACAGAUCCCCGAGCUUGUGUUCUAUGCAUAAGCGGCUCCGGACUGCUAAUGGAUAACUAGCUUUAUCCUCGCCUCCCAGCCUUCAGAGUAAUGUAGCAUUAAAGACACUUGACUAAUGUCACACUAAAUGGCCUGGUUAGUUCUUUGAGAGACUAUUUUAAAAAGUCAAGGAGCUGUUGCUAUUUAAUUUAAUGUUAUUUUUUUUAUUUAAAUACUGGGUUAACGUUAUUUGCUCUGUCGCCUGUGUUCAAGGGCUGCGGCUGCUGUAGAAACAACAUUAAUAGAGUCAUUUGUGGUUAUGUAAUCAAGCUGAGCUCCACAACUGAAACAAGUAGGGACCGCUUCAAAUUGUGUAAUUGCAAGUCUAUAUACAAUGUUGUUGCUAUAGUCUUAGCAGCAAUGUUACACGAGGAGCCAACUUUAUGUAGUCUUAUGAUUCUGAAUGCAAAAAAAAGUAGAAAUCUUGUCAGAAACAGAGUUGUUUUGCACUUGAGGACGGCCUCAUAAACAUUGUGUCUUUUGUAAAAUACAAUUUAACUGUUAACAGCUUGAUGCUGUUAAAGAUGACCAGAUGUGUUCUGUACAAGAAUGCUUAUACACCUGAUGAUAAAACAUAAAGGUUAUAAUGUGAUUGAAGUUA